AUGGCGGCGGAGGGCGGGCUGGAGGCGCUGGCGGCGGAGCUGCACGAGGCCCAGGCCCUGCGCUUCGGGGACUUCGUGCUCAAGAGCGGCAUCUCCUCACCCGUCUACGUCGACCUCAGGGGGGUCGUCUCCAGGCCGAAGCUGCUCAAGCAGGUGGCCGAGAUCCUGUUCCGGACGGCCCAGGAGGCCGGGAUCCGCUUCGACACGGUCUGUGGCGUGCCGUACACGGCCCUGCCGCUGGCCACGGUCAUCUGCUGCGCCCACGACGUCCCCAUGCUCGUCCGGAGGAAGGAGGCCAAAGCCUACGGGACCAAGCGCGUCGUCGAGGGGGCCGUGCGGCCCGGCCAGACCUGCCUGGUGAUCGAGGAUGUGGUGACCAGCGGCGGGAGCGUGCUGGAGACCGCCGAGGCCCUGGAGCGGGAGGGGCUGAAGGUGACGGACGCCGUGGUCCUGCUGGACCGGGAGCAGGGGGGCCGGGCCCGGCUCGAGGAGCGCGGCGUCCGGCUCCACGCCGUCUGCUCGCUGACCGGCCUCCUGGAGGCCCUGGGGCGGCAGGGCCGGGUGGACGCCGAGACGGUGGAGAGGGUGAGGCGCUUCUUGCGGGAGGGACCCCGGCCCCCCGGCCCGGCCCCGGGACCGCGGCGGGAGCUCGGGUUCGCGGCCCGGGCCCGGCUGCCCGGCGUCCACCCGCUGGCCGCCCAGCUCUUCGACCUGAUGGAGCGGAAGCGGAGCAACCUGUGCCUGGCGGCGGACGUGGGCGACACGGAAGCCCUCCUGGAGGCGGCCGCCUCACUGGGCCCCUCCAUCUGCCUGCUCAAGACCCACGUGGACACGCUGGGCGACUUCAGCGCCGAGGCCAUGGAGCGCCUCCGGGCCCUGGCCCGCACCCACGACUUCCUCAUCUUUGAGGACCGGAAGUUCGCCGACAUCGGAAACACGGUGAAGAGGCAGUACGAGGGUGGCAUCUUCAAGAUAGCCUCCUGGUCCGACCUGGUGAAUGCCCACGCGGUGCCCGGCCCGGGCGUGGUCCGGGGGCUCCGCGAGGUGGGUCUCCCCCUGCAGCGGGGCUGUCUGCUGAUCGCCGAGAUGAGCUCCCGGGGGUCCCUGGCCUCGGGCGACUACACCACUGCCACUGUGAAGAUGGCCGAGGAGCACAUGGACUUCGUCAUCGGCUUCAUCUCGGGGUCCCGCGUGAGCGACAAGCCAGAGCUUCUCCACCUGACUCCUGGGGUGCAGCUCCAGGCCGGAGGUGACGCCCUGGGCCAGCAGUACCUCAGCCCCCAGGAGGUGGUGGGCCGCCGCGGCUCGGACGUCAUCAUCGUGGGCAGGGGCAUCCUGGCCGCCCCCGACCGCCGAGCGGCCGCGGAGACGUACCGCCGGCUGGCCUGGGAGGCCUAUGAGGGCCGGCUGCGGGCCUGACCCUCCGCCUGUGAACGCCGCUUCCUCCCCCCGCCGAGCCUCGGCCAAUAAACACAUCCCCUCCCAG